GGGUUCCAUUUCCUCCCCUCCGCGCCCAUAAGCUCGAAGCUGAGCUUUUUUUUUCUUCAGGGAUUUCGAAAGCGUGAAUAGGAACACCAUCAUCAUCAUCUGCAUCCUCAGGGAGAUAAUAAUACUUUGUUGAGUAGAGAUGAAUACUACAGCUCACAGGACUCCUAAAUCAGGGAGGCAAUCUCUGCUUUUUCAAGAUUUAGCUUCUCCUGUUUCAGCACGCAGAGGGAAAUUCUCGAGCCCGGGCCAAGCAGCUGCGGUUUCUGCACUAUGGCGUGAGAAUUUUGGAGGGUCGGAUCUUCCACCUCCUCCGAUGAACACUUUGGAUGACUUGUCAGACUUUUCUCCUGAGUCAGGUAUUGCGGACUACUCAGCGUCUCCAGAUGUCAAAUCUGACAGAAGAACGCCUUUCCAGAGUUCUGGGAAAAAUAUUGUAACUCCUGGUAAAGGAAAGUUGGAAGCAAGCCCCUCUUUUUCUCUACUGAAUGCACAACAGAGUCAGCAAGUUUCAGGGAGUCCGAGUUGGUGGUCGCAGCCAAAGGCAGGUAGUAGUAUGGAGCAGGAUGAUAAAGGUAAGGGAUCUCCAGUAGAAGGUGUGGUUCAGCCAGGUGCAUUGGUCACUCUUCCACCGCCAAGAGAAGUUGCUAGGCCAGAGGUUCAGAGGCAGAUCAUACCCACUGGAAACCUUGAUGAGGAAGAGUGGGUCACUGUCUAUGGAUUUUCUCCAGGUGAUACAAAUUUGGUACUACGGGAGUUUGAAAAGUGUGGUAUGAUCUUGAAACAUGUUCCUGGUCCAAGGAAUGCUAACUGGAUGAACAUCCUCUACCAGAACCGGUCUGAUGCACAUAAAGCGCUGAACAAAUCUGGGAUGAUGAUUAAUGGAGUGGUUAUAGUAGGAGUGAAGCCAGUAGACCCGAUACAGAAGCAAGCGUUAAACGAGAGACUUAACAACCAAGGAUUCAUGCCUUUACCUCCACCAUCAUCCACUAGGGACACUGCUCGACCCUCAUCACGUCCUCAGUUCUUGCAAAAUGGUAGCGCUGCUUUCCCCGCUCAACCCAGCAGUGGUGCUAUGGCCUCCCCAUCUAAGUCGAUGGUCUCAAAGUUCUUAGACUUGAUGUUCAGUGUUUAAAGCUUCUUUGGUUGUCAUUUCCCGAGUGGUUCAUCUUUACACAAGAUUAUAUGAAGUUUGAGAGCAGAGUGGCUAGGUAAAUUUUAGAGCAUGAUCAAAAUUCAAAUUGUAACGUGUUUCCAAAAUUUGUCUUUGUAUUGACGACAGCUAAAAUUCGGUACAAAUCUGAUUAUAAAAUAUAAAAGAUCUCGCCC